CAGACGUCACCCGAGCUGCGCAGAUCAGCACACACGCUCGUGCCUCUCGCCGACGUACGGAAGCCGAGCGCAGCCAAACACAGAACUCGCCAGGUUGUCAUGUGACUCCGGCGCUGCUGCUGAUUGGCUCCUGGUGAUUGAUCAUGGUUGUAUGUAUUGUCAAGGGGUGUACACCCAAGUCAAGAGAAGGCAAGGGUGAAGUGAUACUUCAUAUCUUUCCUAAAGACAAAGCAAAAAUUCGAGAAUGGCUGACGGCCACUGGGGAAUCAUUCGAAAAUGUAGAAGAACUGGUAAACAAAAUACAUGAAGGCAGAAAAAACCAUUCACAUAGGAUAUGCUCAUUGCAUUUCCCUACCUACUGCUACUUUUUUAACCACAAAACUGGGAAGAAAAGAUUGACCUAUAAUGCAGUCCCUUCAAUCUUUCCUACCAAUCCAGGAGCUGGGGAGCACUCUACUCAACCAGCUACUCGAGGAUUAGGGAAACGGAGAAGAGUAGAUCCAGAGGAUUUUAUUCCUGAUGAUUUACCAGUUGGAAGCACAUGCCCAACAUGUCAACAAAUAAUAGGGAGCAGCCAUGAAAUUGUUUCUGAAACAUCGGAACAAAUGUUAGUCAAAGACAAAGUUGAUAAAUUUACAAUUUAUGAUCCUUUUAUGGGCACCAAAUCAGAACAUGCCCAAACGACUGUGCGCACAUUUAGUGUAAGAACACAAUGUUCAAAACUUAAACCACCAAAACCAGCAAAAUUAAAAAAAAGAAAUAUUUUUGAACCUCAUGUUCACCAAACCACAACACCUAAUAAAAAAACUGCUGCCCAUCAAGAGCCUCAAUCAACCCAUAUUCAACCAGUAACAAAUCUACCCAUACACACCAAUUAAACCAAUGCUACAUGCUGUAGAAAGCGUUCCUGAGGACGUGCUGAGAGAAGGUUGGCAAGCUGGACCCAUACUUGGUUUGCAAGAGAUACCUAUUUCGCCCAUUUCCAAUGUUGUCUCCACAGCUCACACGGGGAUCAGCCAAGUUUAACCCCUUAAGGAUUCAGGGUUUUUCCGUUUUUGCACUUUCGUUUUUUCCUCCUUACCUUUUAAAAAUCAUAACCCUUUCAAUUUUGCACCUAAAAUUCCAUAUUAUGGCUUAUGUUUUGCGCCACCAAUUCUACUGUGCAGUCAUAUUAGUCAUUUUGCCAAAAAAUCCACGACGAAGCAGAAAAAAAAAUCAUUGUACGACAAAAUUGAAGAAAAAAUUUAAUUGUGGGGGCUUCCGUUUCUAUGCAGUGCAUAUUUCAGUAAAAAUGACACCUUAUCUUUAUUCUGUACGUCCAUAUGAUUAAAAUGAUACCCUACUUAUAUAGGUUGGAUUUUGUGGUACUUCUGGAAAGAAUCAUAACUACAUGCACAAAAAUGAAUACGUUUAAAAUUGUCAUUUUUUGACCCCUUUAACUUUUUUAUUUUUCCGUGUACGGGACGGUAUGAGGGCUCAUUUUUUUGCGCCGUGAUCUGAAGUUUUUAGCGGUACCAUUUUUGUAUUGAUCAGGCUUUUUAUAAAUUUUUUUCAUGAUAUAAAAAUGACCAAAAAUACACUAUUUCCGAUUCUGGAAUUUUUUUGCGCAUACGCCAUUGACCUUGCAGUUUAAUUAACAAUAUAUUUUUAUAGUUUUUUAUAGCGUGACCCCACGUUAUAGACCGUGGCAGGGCGUAUAGGUACGCCCUGCGUCCUUAAGAGGUUUAAA